ACCCAACAGAAAUAGUUAAGCCCCUCCUCAACAAUUACCGCCACAUUUGAAUACGACAUUGUUAUUGGUGUAAUUUUUGAAGCCACAAUCACACUUGUAAAGCGAAUUGGCCGAAUUGGGUAAUCUGUCAUCUGUCAUCUUGCCUCUGCCGGUUUUUACGUUUUUACAUCUUUACUUGCGUCAAUUUGCCAUUAAUCUCCUUUAUUCACACAAAAUAGUCUUUAUAAAGACUCGUCGGUGUAUUCUAAAGAUAGUCAGGUGAGUAAUUAUAAAAUUUUAUACACGAUUUUUACAUGCCUGUUUUUAGGGUUAUAUUAUUCGCGAUCAAGAAAAGUUGUACGCAAACAUGAAUGUCGCCGGUGCUGCUUUCCCUCCACCGAAAAAACGUUCUGCCAAGCACUUUUCAGUUGAAGACAAAACUGGCAUUUUAAAUAUCUUCAAGGCAUAUUCGGAAGACAACCCGGAGGUAUCUAAAACGGAUAAAGUUGAGUUUCCGGCUAAAGCAGCAGGUGUAAGCAUUCCGAGUGUCUACAAGAUUCUUCGGGAGUAUACAGAGGUACACGAACUUCAUUCACCUAAAAAAUAUUAUCGACCACGAGCAAUUUUGGACAAUAUUGAUUCCGGAACUAAAAGUAUUCUUCGACGUUUGCUUCAUUCUUUCUUUGAAAGAAAUGAACCACCUACCCUGAGUAAAGUUUUGGCAGUGUUACACGUCCACUAUUUCAACAAGCAGUGGAACAUGUUACUGCUGAAAAUUGGAAGAACGCAAUUCGCCAUGCUCAAAGUGAAGAGGAAAAAAUGUGGCAAAUUGACAUUUUAAUGGGCAUCGUAGUGGAGCCAUUAGUAAUUCAUGUGGGAGAUGACUCGACAUCAACGGAGUCCGAAUCCGAGUGAAGCGAUACAGGAUUUAAAUUGUUAUGUUCCUUUGUUUAUAUUCAAGUGCACUUGUAAUUUCAAAACUUUG